AUGCUGCCCAGUCCUUCUGCCCGUGGUGAGCAGGCCUGGGAGAAGAUUCUGCCUUCAGUGAACAGUGAAGAUAUGGAGAUCAUGCAGGAAUGGACCCAAGACCAUAAGUCAAAAGGUUUGUCUCCUGAGGAUACUGACCGAUCCCAAGAGGAGGAGAGGAAGUCCCCUAUACUGGAGCCAGUUACAUUCGAGGAUGUCACUGUGGUCUUCACGGAGGAAGAAUGGAAUAUGCUGAACUCUGAGCAGAAGAGCCUCUACAGAGAAGUGAUGCUGGAGACUUAUAGGAAUCUGCUCUCACUGGGUGAGGGUGUGCUUUCUUUUCCUCCAUUAAUUCAGUAG